GACUGAAAGUAAAUGCCGUAGCACAAAAAGUACUCCGUAUCCGUAAUGCAAUGAUACUCCAAAUAAAAUUUUAAAUUUUUUUAAAAACACUUCACAUUCAUUACAAAUUCGCGCCAAACAACUAAACCUUCCUUUUUUCCCCUUUCUUACACAAAAUAAAAUCAAACAAAUCCCUAAAAAUCAAACAAAAUUCCCAUUUUUAUUACAAAAAUCAUCAAAUCCUUCAAAAUCAAACUCUCUGAAAUUCUACUUUGCAACGCUUGUUUCAAUUUUUUUUUGGUUUUCUCUCUCCUCAAAAAUUUCCCAAUUUCUAGGGUUUUGUGUAAAAUUAUUGGGGGUUUCACCAUUGAUUCUCUUCACUUUAAUCAUACGAUAUGAGAGCGGCUUCUUCUCAGUCUCAGACUACUUGUGGUACUCUACUCCAAGAACUGCAGAAAAUAUGGGAUGAAAUUGGGGAGAAUGAUAGUGAAAGAGACAGGAUGCUUUUAGAACUUGAGCAAGAAUGCCUUGACAUUUACCGAAGGAAGGUGGAGAAUACAAGGAAGUACAAAUCUGAUCUUUAUCAAACACUCGCUGAGGGUGAAGCUGAAAUUGCUAGACUAAUGUCAACACUGGGAGAGAGGGCCUCUUUUACGCGGGCAAAGGGCACUCUCAGAGAGCAGCUAUCUUCUGUAAAACCUAACUUAGACGAUUUGAGAUUAAAGAAACUGCAAAGAGUAAAAGAAUUCUCUGACAUCGAGUCCCAGAUAAUCCGCAUUUGUGCUGAGAUAGCUGGGAAUGAUCAGUUUAUAAAUAAUGCUGAACCUCAAGUGGAUGAACAAGACUUAACAGUACAAAGGCUGGCUGAACGUAAAUCACAUCUUGAAGAGCUUCAGAAUGAGAAGGCUCUCCGUUUGCAGAAAGUUAAUAGUCACAUAAGUGCUAUUCAUGAGCUAUCAGUCGUAAUGUCUCUUGACUUUAGAUCAACGGUAGAUGAGGUCCACCCUUCUUUGGUUGAUCAUGGAUAUGGCCACUUGAAGAGCAUAAGUAAUGAUACUCUUGCUAAGCUGACUGGUGUUGUGAAUUCUUUAAAGCAAGAAAAGCAGCGACGGUUGCAAAAGAUUCAAGAUUUGGGUAGUGCUCUUAUGGAGUUGUGGAGUCUCUUGGACACCCCAACUAUCGAGCAGAAAAAGUUUGAGAAUCUCACAUCCUUAAUUUCUUCGUCUGUUGACGAGGUUUCCAGAUCUGGCUCACUUUCACUGGAUGUCAUUGAGCGGACUGAAAUUGAAGUUGAGCAGUUGAAUACUCUUAAAGCCAGCAAGAUGAGAGAGCUAGUGUUGAAGAGGCAAACUGAAUUAGAAGAAAUAUAUAGAGGGGUUCAUGUGGAUGUAGACAGUGAUGCAGCAAGGAAAAUGCUGACCAAUCUCAUAGAUUCUGGCAAAGUAGAUAUGUCUGAGAUGCUCUUUCGUAUGGAUGAUCAAAUAAGACAAGCUAAAGAAGAAGCUCAGAGCAGAAAGGAUAUACUAGAUAGAGUUGAGAAGUGGAAGCAUGCUUCAGAGGAAGAAAUCUGGCUAGAUGGAUAUGAAAAGGAUGAUAAUAGAUACUGUGCUGGUAGAGGAGGACAUAAAAAUUUGAAAAGGGCAGAAAAGGCAAGGACUCUAGUCGGCAAAAUUCCAUCUCUUGUUGAGAGUUUAAUAACGAAAGUUAAAGCUUGGGAGGUAGAGAAAGGAAUGACAUUCCUUUAUGAUAAGGAACCGUUGUUACAUCAAUUAGAAGAAUACACCUUACAGCGUCAGCAGAGGGAAGAGGAGAAACGUAGAACUCGGGAGCAGAAAAAGUUGCAAGAACAGCUUGCUACAGAAAAAGAAGCGCUCUAUGGUUCAAAGCCUAGUAAAAAGCCUUUGGGUCAGAGCACCAAUAAUAAUACCAUGGUCGGAACUCCCAAUACUCGUAGGAUAGGAACUCCUUCAGGGCGUCUUGGGAUCUCGGGUAGUAAAGAGCGCAGAGAUAGCGCAAGAGUUAUACCAGUGAACUUUGUAGCACUCGCCAAGGAUGAUCCUGUGUCUCGUGGUAUCUGACCCUGAUGCAUUUUGGUUUGAUGGCCUUAAUAUGGUUGAGAAAGAGGACUUUCAGGAUGAAAUGAUGCUGAAGUAGUUCUUCGUAGCGUACACACCAAUAGUUUAGGAGGGUCAUUCAUGUCUGAAUCUGUCAAAAUUGAUAUUUCUGGAGGGUGCAUAUUUUCUGAAAUUAGUUACUAGUAUCUGUUAAAAGCUUGAAUCUGUUAAUAUAGGGCGAAUUUGGAGAACUGCAUAUUUUCUGAAACUAGUUACUGAUAUGUUUUAAAUUGCCCAACUUCUUAACAAGUAAUUAAUUGUCUUGUAAGAAUUCCUUCUUUGAUUUGAGCAAGUCUUUGAAGUUUGAACCCUCAUGUUACUGUUACAAUGUUUAUAGGACAAUACAUAGCAUGAUUAGUUGAUUACAAUGUCAAUUGUCAAAAAAAAUUGAUUUCAAUGUUUAUAGGUGGUAUGAAAGUACCAAGGAUUUAUGUUACUUUUACAGCUCAUGUUAUGGUUUACACAUUGGGCAAAUAAGAGAAAAAAU